ACAAUCUGAAUAAUGAGAAUUUUCUGGAGGUUUAAAUUGCUGGGGUCAACUUUACCCAAAGGAUAACCGAUGUCAGUAAAUUUGAAAAUAAUAGGAGGGAUAAAAUACUAAAAAUAAAAAUUAUUAUUAUUAUUAUUAUUGUGUGUUUUUUAAUUUUUUGUUUUUUGUUUUUAAGUCUCUGUGUCUUUUGUAGAUCGAUACAAACGGGGCAAGAAGAGCACAUUAUCACUUUUUUGGCAGUUUUUUCGGAGAUGAUCACCAUUUGGCAGACACCGGAAGCUAGUGGCUCUCGCUUCCUGUUCUCACUUCCGUGUUGGAACGUGCCUGCCUGUGCGUCUUGACGUCACGGGCCGCCCUCUCGCUGCGUCGCUCCGGACAGACUCACAGCCGCAGACAUGGCUCCGUGAACCGACACAUGGCAGCCACAAGCCAUGAAGCAAAAGAAACGAGGCGCCUUAAACAAAGUGACCAUGUCUGAAUAGCGGCCUUCUUUGGUUUCUCUGCAGACUGUUCCGCCUCCUGCAGCCCUGCAGUCCGCAUCCAGCAGCCGGCUGUCAGUCCCUGUCAGCGGGGAGAGAGGCGCAGCGCAGCCCGCUGAUACUUCGCUUUCUUUACUUUAAGUUUCCGUCUGUUCCAACUGAAACUCAACAUGGGGGUCCAAGGUUUCCAAGAGUACAUUGAAAAGCACUGUCCCGCCGCCGUGGUGCCGGUGGAGCUCCAGAGGUUGGCCCGGGGGAGCAUGGUUGGAGGUGGCCGGCAGAGACCCCCUCAGGGUCCGCUGAGGCUGCUGGUGGACGCCGAGAACUGCCUCCACCGGCUCUACGGCGGCUUCUACAACGACUGGGUGAGCGGCGGCCAGUGGAACCACAUGCUGGGCUACCUGGCCGCCCUCUCCAAGGCCUGCUUCAACGGCAACAUUGAGCUCCUGGUGUGCUUCAAUGGCGCCCUGGAGAAAGGCCGCCUUCACGAGUGGGUCAAGCGGCAGGUGAACGAGCGGCAGACCGCCCAGCAGAUCAUCAGCCACGUACAGAACAAGGGCACCCCGCCGCCGAAGGUCUGGUUCCUCCCUCCGGUGUGCAUGGCCCACUGCAUCCGACUGGCGCUCCUCAGGUUCCGCGUCGGGAUUGUCCAGAGCGUGGAGGACCACCACCUGGAAGUGAUAGCCUUAUGCAGGGAGCGAGGCUUCCACGGCCUGGUGGCCUACGACUCGGACUACGCUCUGAGCAACGUCCCGUAUUACUUCAGCGCCCACGCCCUCAAACUGAGCCGCAACGGCAAAAGCCUCACCACCAGCCAGUACCUAAUGCACGGAGUGGCACGGCAGCUCGAUCUCAGCCCAAACCGUUUCAUCAUUUUCGCAUCGCUUUUAGGGAAUCACAUACUGCCUGAUGAAGACUUGGCUGCCUUUCACUGGAGCUUACUCGGUCCAGAGCAUCCAUUAGCAUCACUGAAGGUUCGCGCCCACCAGCUCGUGCUCCCGCCCUGCGACGUGGUCAUCAAGGCUGUGGCCGACUACGUCCGCAACAUCCCAGACAUCACCAACCUGGAGGCCAUCGCCAAGGACAUCUUCAAGCAUUCGCAGUCUUGCACUAAUGACAAAAUCAUGCGCUUCAAAAAGGCGGUGGAGUACUACUCAGCAGCCAGCAAGCCGCCGCACUUCCCUCCACAGCUCGUCAGAUCAAAACACGAGGACGUGUGCGCUGCAGUGCCAUCACCAAAAACGCUCGACAUUCCACAGCUGCCUGUAAAACCUGGGGUCCAGCACUCGUACCCAGAGCCCCGGGCGGAGCGCAGUCUGUCCGUAGACUCGGUGGAGAAAAGCCUCCCGGAGCAAAACAGCUUCAGCGACAUUCCUCACGAAGGGAAGCACACACCGUUGUACGAGAGGUCGUCUCCCAUCAACCCGGGCCGGGCCGGCAGCCCCGACCACACAGAGGCGGCUUUCUUCAACGCCUCCUCCACGUCCUCCUCCUCGGAGAACGAGGAGAGCUCAGGCACAACUGCCAAUCACGUCAAUGACCUUAAAGAAGGAUGGCAGAAAAAUGGACACUCCUACAACACGCCAGAGGGACACCUGGGGGACCAAUCAAACGCUGACCUCUGUGGAACCUCUGCUGACAGUCCAGGAUCACAGGCCGGUGGUCUCCACAGCCUGAAUGCACAGAUCCCCUCCCUGCUCUCCAUGCCCACCAGGAACCACAUGGACAUCACCAUCCCACCUCUCCCCGCCGUGGCCCCCGAGGUCCUGCGGGUGGCCGAACACAGACACAGGAAGGGUCUUAUGUACCCCUACAUCUACCAUGUUCUCACCAAGGGAGAGAUUAAGCUAUCUGUCACCAUUGAAGAUGAAGCUAACAAAGACCUGCCUUCAGCAGUGCAGCUGUUUCGACCUAUCCGUCAGUAUGUUUACGGAGUGCUCUUCAGCCUGGCCGAGGCCAGGAAGAAGGCUGAGAGACUCGCCAUGAGGAAGAACUGCCUCCCUGAGUACACACAUAUCAUGGUGAAAGAGUGGGCCGCCUACAAAGGCAAGUCUCCCCACACCCCGGAGCUGGUGGAGGCUCUGCCCUUCAGGGAGUGGACCUGCCCCAAUCUGAAGAAGCUGUGGCUGGGGAAGGCUGUGGAGGACAAGAACCGCAGGAUGAGAGCGUUCCUGGCCUGCAUGCGCUCCGACACGCCGGCCAUGCUGAACCCGGCCCACGUGCCCACGCCCCUCCUGGUGCUGUGCUGCGUGCUGCGGUUUAUGUUACAUUGGCCAGGAGUAAGAAUUUUGCGUCGUAACGAACUUGACGCUUUCCUAGCCCAAGCACUUUCUCCUAAACUUUAUGAGCCUGACCAGCUGCAGGAACUGAAGAUCGACAACCUGGACCCAAGAGGAGUCCAGCUGGCUGCUCUGUUCAUGAGCGGAGUGGACAUGGCUCUGUUUGCCAACGACGCCUGUGGACAGCCCAUUCCCUGGGAGCACUGCUGUCCCUGGAUGUACUUUGACGGCAAGCUGCUUCAGAGUAAACUUAUCAGGGCCAACAGGGAGAAGGCCCAGCUCAUCGACCUCUGUGAUGGUCAGGCUGAGCUGGCUGCCAAGGUGGAGAAGAUGCGCCAGAGCAUCCUGGAAGGUCUCAGCUUCGCUCGCCCGCCUCACCCUCCUCCAUUCCCGCCACUGCCACCUCCGCCUCCUCACGCGAUGCCUUUCUACCCCCCAGCCGGUUCCUUCUACGCCCCGCCACCGAUGAUGCCGCCCCCAGGAAGGGGCAGGGGGAUGCCCGGUGAGCGCAGCCGUGAAAACAGGCCACCAGGACUUCAAGGCAUCUCAGCACAGGGCGGGAAGCUGGAGAUCGCCGGCACCGUGGUGGGUCAGUGGGCCGGCAUGAGACACAGCCGAGGAAGAGGAGGCUUCCCGGUCCAGGUGGUGUCUGUUGGUGGACCGAACAGAGGUCGUCCCAGAGAUGUGAUCUCCACGCCUGUCAUCAGGAUGUUUGGUCGAGGGGGACGGUACCACACUCGAGCCUUCAGGAGUCCGGGAGCGUACCUGCAAAGCAGGCCUGCCUAUAAGCCUGCCCAUGCAUCUGGACACGACGUGGCCAAAGAGAGAAAGAAACCCAAGUCAGAGGAGAAGAAAUCGUCUCCUGCGCCGAGCGACGGCUCAGCCACCGAGAACGGCGUGGAGGACAAAGAGCAGCUGAACGGAGAUAAAGAGGAACGUAGGGCUCUCAUCCAACCUGAAAGUGCCUUUAGCAGUGACUCCAAGACGUGCAAUACUAAUCCUCACUUAAAUGCACUAAAUGUAGACAGCGGCCACCACAGAGAUGAAGGUCUGGAGGCCGCCGUCUCACAAAAAGAAGAGUAAGCCUAUUUUUUUCUAGAGAGGGUUGAAGGAUGGAAGAUGGAACAGGUUUAGGAACAUCAGUAAACACACAAGAUAGGACACACUGGUAGUUUAAGGAGUCGUUCGCUCCCUUGUCACCAAGACUUGUACAUGUUUAUAAGAAUGACGCUUUUUCCUUUUCAAUUAGAAUAUUAAAGCUCCCAGAAGCUUUAAUUUGGAAAUCUUUUCAGUUCCUUUAGGUUGGUACGCUUAAGCAAACUCUUCGCUCACCACUUUGAGUUUAAGUUGAGUUUAAAGCGACUCUGUCCAUCAGUUCAGACGAGCUCCACUCAGUCUCAGCCUGUUUUUUCUUUAGCUGUAAGUAACAUUUCAAGAAACGGCUCUAAAAUCAGACAAGAAAAAAAAAAAAGAAAACGUCUCAAACUCUGAUGCUCGACUUCCUGACUCAGACGUAGAGCUGUAGUAUUACCGCUUCAAUCAAAGAUCUGGUGCAUGGUUUCCAGAGGUGUGUAGUUAUUAUGCAUGUCGUCCUUUUUCCUCCAUCCCUCCGAGUACGGUGCCCAUUUGCGAAAAUUAAAGACACGGCUCAUAUCGGCCCAUAAAAAGGUGUUAACUGUUAGUAACGGAUUUGUUCUGACCUUGAAUUUCUUUGUGAUAUUGACCUCUGUUGCAUUAACUAAAGAAAAAAGCCAGAAGUUAUCUAGCCACGUUGCUGUAGUGUAUUCAUACUAUAUUGUUCUCUGUUGCUCUUUUCUGCAUUAGUCGAAUAUCUGAAAAAAAAGCUCAAUAGAAUAAGCGAGCGCCACCUUCUGUAGCGUCCAACGCUUUCCGGUUGAGACGUUCGCCACCAGUGAUCAGUUCGGAGGUUUCUUUUCGUGUUGGUUUUAACUCUCAUAUGGAUUCUCCUGAAGCUUUUCAUCUUUUCAUUAGUGAUCAGAGAAAUGAUGUACCCCCUCCCACAUGGCAACAAGCUUCUAUAGAUUACCUUCUAUGUAUGUUGAUCAGAGUUUCUUCCUAACUCAUGGAUUGUAAAGGAACGAACAGCAGCCGGGUCUGAAUGUUGAUGGAUGUGGCGUGGUGUGUUUGAAGGCAACUUAGCUACAAUGCUUAAUAAAACUAUAUUCUUUUAGUACGA